AGUUUAUAUUGUGAUUUACAUAUAGCUUUUUCACAUAUAGUUUUAGUGUCACACGCCUCUUACCAAGAAUCUCUUUAUUUUAGGAUUUAAUUUUUAAGCGUAUUUUUUAUAGUCUUUUUAAAAAGUUAUGAGUAUAAUUUAUUUGUUAUCUUUUCAUCCAACCAUAACUUUGUAUUUUUCUAUUUUAUUAUAAUUGCUAUUAAUAGUAAUAUUUUUCCAUUAUCCUUGUUACGAACAAAGGGAUAUUUUUCUGCUCAACAUAUAUUUUGAACAUAUGAGUAUGACCAGCACCUAAGAAUCGGGACGCUAGACAACAUUCUUUUGGAGAUCCAUCAUCGCCCAUCGGAAGUUCAAAAAUUAUGCCGGAAAUCUCGGCGACAGAUGAACCUCCAUCGGAAUCUGGGUCUAAAAAAUUCAAUCAAAUGACUGAUAUUUCCAGCGGAGACUCGAAACCGGAGCCGGAAGUUCAAUCAGAAUCCUUUGAUUCAUCCAAAAUGCGAAAGACAAAGCCUGGAAUCAAGCGCCUGUGCAUUGUAUUUUCAGUUCUUUUCUCUUUCGUUUUAGGAUUUCCGUUCCUGCUGAAGUCUGUGGAAAUAUACAGAUCACCACUUCCAUUUAAAUAUAUGGAUUCGCUUUCAAGUGUAAUUGAAUCCAAACCUUUGUUCUUUCCGUGUCGAUUUCAAGCGAUUUUUCUAGGUUUUAGUGAUCUGAAGGACGCAAAGAAAGUAGGCUUUUCCAUUGCUGACCGAAUGAAGGAAAUAAUGAGUCAUGAUCAUGCUUGUGGAAGUUGUCAGUCAAAUUUUACUGUGUCAGUUUCUUUGGAAUUGGAGAAUGGUUGUGUGCAGAGUGAGAAUGGGAAUAAUGGCUGUUCUUGGGAGUGCGGGGGGUUGAAAGAUGCUGAUUUUAAAUGGAAGGAUGAUGAAUUUACUGAUGGAUUGUUGAACAAGGCAUUGUCUGGUAGUCAGAGAUGUUCGGAUACAAAUGGAAAGGUUUACAGCAUUGUUGUGGUGAAUAGGGACGAGGAAGUUAGGGCAGUAGUAGGAAAGUAUCGGCAUGGAUGGAUCACUGGGAAGGUGUCUGAGGUCGAGGGGGUGGAGAGGAUCGCUGAAAUAUUCGUUAAGGUGUUUAUGAAUGGUGGGAAGGAAGAAGGUUCAAUUCAUGGAGAGUUUAUGCCUGUUGGUGCUGAUGGUCGUGUUAUACUGUCUUUUAGCCUGUUAAAUGCAGAUCCUCAGGACUGGAUUUAUGAUUGGGAUUUUGAGAGAGUAAAUGAGAUUCACCUGGCUCCAGUUGUAGAGGCUUUAGCACCAAUCGCUAAAAUAAAUGUAGAAAGUCAGAUUCUGUAUCAUACCCCAAAAGCUUUUGUCUCUCAUAGGGAUGACCACAGAGGUGCUUACAUUUAUGAUACAAAGGACCUUCCAUUUUUUGUAAAUUCAAAUGAAUGGCAUUUGGAUACUUCUACUGCUGCUGGAGGACGUUCCAAAAUUUUGCACAUUGUUGUAUACGUACCAUCCGCGAAGGAGUGUCCUCUUUUACUGCAACUUCCUAAUGGAGAGAUCUCGCUGACAAAUGGAUUUAUAUCUCCUAUGUGGGGAGGUGUUAUUGUCUGGAACCCAUCUGGAUGUUCAAGGCAUUCUGAGACAGAACAUUAUGCUAAGCAUACCAUCCCUUUUAAGGAUCUUGAAAACAUUGUUGAAAUCUUUUUGGGGCAGUUGCGGCAGCUUUUUGGUCUCAAGUCUGAGAGCCUAUAUGUUGGUUCUUCUGGGAGAAUCAAUCUUUCGGCUAGUGAAAGAGGCUUCACGGAAUGGGAAUUGGAUCUGUUAGCUCGUCAACAUACAUGCUUCAAUCUUCAGUCUUGUGCAACCACACUUGGUUCUCUUUCCAGAUUGGUUCAAUCACUGCCAAGAAUGAUUAUACAGGAUGAAAUAGGAAAACAGGAGAUACUCGUGCUGUAAAAGCUUGAAAUUUUGGGUUCUACAAACACACCAGUUUGGAAUUCUUAGACACCUUUAUUCUAAAAUGUGAUUUUGGUAGGUUCAUGGGUGUUCUGUUUUUUUGUUACUUUCAAAAACCUGAAGCACGGAAGGUACUGAUUGUAUGUGAGACUCCCACUUUGAUGAUGCCUUUCUUUCCUUGUGGCCAUUUUUUUGAGUAACUUUGUUCUGGUUUAUUUAGCAUCUAAGUCUCCCUAGUAUUUUUCGAUUGCAUAAUCGUUUGUCAAUGUUGGGUCUUAUUUCUUGUUUGUUUAAUGUGGGCACUAUUCAGUUGUUGGGCCUCAAAGGCUUACUUUGAUUUUGGUUUCAACUCCUUGUGGGCCAUUUCUUCCUUUCCUGGGGAUAUAUUCAUAUUUUGUACUCUUUUUCCUUUUUGUUCUGCGAAUCUCAAUAGUUAAUGAUGGCAUGCUGUAUUUGUACACCUUGUGAUUGUUGUUUCCUUUUUGCUCUGCCCUCAUAUUUUCGUCUUUAAAUUGAAUUUUGGGGAGUGACUAGUGAGGAUCUACAUGGUAUUUGCACUUGAUGUUAUUUUGAUUUUUCAAAAGAUAUACAUUUAGUCUAUUUCACUUUCUCUUUAUGUACUUAACUGUUUGACCAUUAUCUUAUGAGAUGUAAUAAUACAAAGUGCACAAAGCCUCCUUUUUUUGGUAGUUAAUAUAUGUUCCUCCACAUUGCUUUUACCCACCUUAAAAAACAAAGAUCAAAUUUUGUUACUGUGGUGUGAGUAGUCAUAUUUUAUACUCUAAUUGAACUCUGAGUAUGUAUUCAAGUGUUUGACUUCAUUUGUUAUGGAAGGUUUCCAAAAUGUUCGCCUAAAAAAGGGGUGAAUUUUGUGGUGCAUUGAAGAGUCUAAGUGACUUAUGAUGUUAUUCUCCCAAUCCGCUUAUGGGUUAAGGACGCAAUUGGGUAUUGAGCCUGACUCAUCAGCCUUUUGCUGGUGUGAUGUUUGAGACCCUUUAAAGUAACUCUGUUUAGAAGCUGGAUAAUGUUUUAGAAGCUGGAUAAUGUUUUAGAAGUUGGUACCUUUAUCUGUGGGAAUGAGAUAGCUUCCUUUCCUUUUUUAUCUUAGGUCAGCUUUUGUCGAAGUGGGUCAGCUUAGAAGUUGGUCUUAUUUCGGUAAACAAAAUUGAGGCAUUUCCUAUUUAAUUAUGUAAAUAGAAUUUACCUCACAUUUGAGAAGCCAUCUACACAUGAUUCUCACAAUGUACUGUCAACUUUCAGCACAAAAUUACCCGGUGUGGAUGAUCUGCAAUCUGUCCUCUCUAUAUCCUUCUCGGAACUUUCAUGGCUGUCCAUCAAAACAUAAAUGAACCGUGAAUACUGUCGGUCUUGGUUUUGGAGAGGACGGAAUGAGGAGAGUGAGCUUGAAGUCAGAGCUAUGCAGUUUUGGAUUCUGUUGUUGAGUAGAGUGAUCUUACGAGAGUAAACGUCUCUACUAUUUUUUUUGGACCAUAAAGUGCCAUGAGGUAGCUUUGUUGAAUGACAUCUAGUAAGAUAAGUUAUGGAUAAGUAAUUCAUGAUUCCACUACUAGAUCUACAGUUUUCCGCAUUCUAAGAGAUCAGCUUUCUCCGUCCCUGCAUAUAUUUUAGCAUGGGAUAAACAUACGCUGAGAUCUUUCAAUUUUAGUAGCAAAAUCGUCUUGGACCCUUCAGUUGCUUGACAUGAAACGCUUAGGACUUAUACAUUGGUUGAUUUGGUCUUGUUUGCAUUUAAAACCUGUCUUCACUUGCCAUUUUCUUGCGUGCAAAAUAGCCGCAAUAAGAAUUAACUUGUAGCAAAUAGUAAUCUUGGUUCUGCAUUUAUCUUGUAUGUUUUAACAUUUCAUUGCAGGAACACUUCUUUGCUUCAUUGCAUGUCACUAACACUGUUAUAAAGCUCCCACCACAGCACAAUCUUGUAUAAGGCUGUGACUGUAAUCCACAUCUUCAAAGGAAAAACGGCAGCUGUGUGUGUUUGACCUAAAAUUUUACAGGAUACUUGGCAGCACUAAGAAGCAUAAAAGUUUGUCUGGUUUUGUGAAAUCAUCUGAUUUUAAUUAUUGACUCACUGCAGAAGAACAUUCAAUUACCCUUAUACCAUAAGUGGCUCCCACCUAGGGAGGUUUAGGAGCGUCGGAUAUAAGCAACCACCCUUGUAAAAAUAAAGAGGUUGUUUCCGAAUGACCCUUGAUUUUGCAACUUCAUAUAAAUAAAAGGUGUACUUGAUUUAGCUAACCAUUUUACUAUGAUCCGAAAUCAAAAAACUUCAAUUUUUUGUGUGAGUUGUGUGUGUAUAUAUAUGCGUGUCUUAUUCUAGUUGCUUAUAAUAGUUGUGAUCUGAUGGUAUUGAGUCUUCUGAAAAGCUUUUGCGGUGGCUGUAUGAGCAACGUGGUUAUCUAUUUGUACAUAUUGGCCAGGCACACACAUCAUACACGUAUUUGUGCCCAUAUAUAUAAUAUAUACAUUUGUAAGGGGUUAUUUUCUU